CUGUUUUCUCCUCCUUCCAGUAAACGGACGACGGGACAGAGCUCUCUCACCGACGGCGACAUUAUCUUUGCCGGCGGAGAGAGCGUUUCUGCAUAAUCUGUACUAAAUACUUCUAAAUUUCGAUUACUUGGAAUCUUUACUACAACAAUGGCGCAAGAUUCUGCUGGUGAUGACGAUUUUGUUGAUUGGAAUACCGAUGAUGAUUUGGAGAUCGAUAACUUUCAGUCAUCUCCACCGUCAUCUCCAAUACAGUCCAGGGUCGAAACUUUAGUUGGUGUAGCUGUGACAACUAGUUCUUUGAGCUCUCCUACAGAGACAACUGAUUUAGUUCAGAUGGGCUUCUCAGACGAGAUUUUUGCUACAUUGUUUGACAUGGGAUUUCCUGUUGAGAUGAUUGCUAGAGCAAUCAAGGAAACUGGACCAAAUGCAGAAACUUCGGUUAUAAUUGAUACUAUCUCCAAAUACUCAAGCAACUGUGAAGCUGGUUCUUCCAAGUCCAAGGCUAUUGAUCAUUUCCUUGCGAUGGGAUUUGAUGAGGAAAAAGUUAUCAAAGCCAUUCAAGAACAUGGAGAAGAAAAUAUGGAAGCAAUUGCAAAUGCACUCCUCUCUUGUGCAGAGGCUGAGAAACUGCCAGUAGUAGAGGAAGAAGAUGUCAUUGACUGGUCAAGCGAUGACGAGACAAAUUACUCCGAUAUAUUAGUCUCAGAUGAUGAGAAGGAUCCAAACUCUAAAGAAAACAGUAACCAAAUACGGUCUUUGGUGAGAAUGGGUUUCUCGGAGCUGGAAGCUUCUCUAGCUGUGGAGAGAUGCGGAGAAAAUGUGGACAUUGCAGAGCUCACGGACUUCCUUUGUGCUGCUAAGAUGGCUAGAGAAUUUAGUGAGUUUCACACUGACCCUGAAGAACGAAAGCCUAGAAAUGACAUUAAGAAAAGGCGGUUAGAGUCAAAAAAAGAGCCAAGGUCAUCUGUUGAUGACGAGCCGGUUCGCCUACCAAAUCCAAUGAUAGGAUUUGGGGUUCCAAACGAGCCAGGACUCAUCACACAUCGAUCGCUUCCGGAGUUAGCCCGAGGGCCACCUUUUUUCUACUACGAGAAUGUCGCCCUCACACCUAAAGGCGUUUGGGAGACUAUCUCAAGACACCUAUUUGAUAUCCCACCUGAGUUUGUGGAUUCAAAAUAUUUCUGUGCAGCAGCGAGGAAGAGAGGCUACAUCCACAAUCUCCCUAUCAACAACAGAUUCCAGAUUCAGCCUCCACCAAAAUACACCAUUCAUGAUGCAUUUCCUUUGAGUAAGAGAUGGUGGCCAGACUGGGAUAAAAGAACCAAACUUAAUUGCAUUUUGACUUGUACAGGCAGUGCCCAAUUAACUAACAGGAUCCGUUUAGCCCUUGAGCCUUACAAUGGAGAACCAGAACCGCCUAAGCAUGUACAGAGAUAUGUGAUUGACCAGUGCAGAAGAUGGAAUCUGGUUUGGGUGGGGAAAAACAAAGCUGCCCCACUCGAGCCAGAUGAGAUGGAGAAUAUUCUGGGAUUUCCAAAGAAUCAUACUCGUGGUGGAGGAAUGAGUAGAACUGAGCGCUACAAGUCUCUGGGAAAUUCUUUUCAGGUUGAUACUGUGGCGUAUCAUCUGUCUGUACUGAAACCCAUCUUCCCACAUGGAAUCAAUGUUCUCUCUCUUUUUACGGGUAUUGGUGGUGGAGAAGUGGCGCUUCAUCGUCUCCAAAUCAGAAUGAAGCUUGUUGUGUCUGUUGAGAUCUCAAAAGUCAACAGAAAUAUUUUGAAGGACUUCUGGGAGCAAACUAACCAGACUGGAGUUUUGAUCGAGUUCUCAGACAUCCAACACUUGACUAAUGAUACAAUCGAAGGGUUGAUGGAGAAAUAUGGUGGAUUUGAUCUUGUAAUCGGAGGAAGUCCUUGCAACAAUCUUGCAGGCGGUAAUAGGGUAAGCCGAGUUGGUCUUGAAGGUGAUCAAUCUUCGUUGUUCUUUGAAUAUUGCCGUAUUCUGGAGGUGGUGCGUGCAAGGAUGAGAAGAUCUUGAUCAUUCACUUUACCUGAAGUAGAUUGAAGUAGAUAUGACUUGUUGAAAUACUCUAUUUUGUCUGCUUUGUGUCUGUCAGAUAUAUUGGGAUAAAAAUCUAGUUGAACUUUAUUUUUCUCGUAUCUGUUAUGUAAUUUGGCCAUGAAGGUACAUCAUUGAAUAACAUAAGUCAACCUAACUCUCUUUUGGUU